AUGGCGACCAAGACUGCUGUGUGCGUGCUGCGCGGGUUCGGAGAUGCGGCUGUGGAGGGCACUGUGCGCUUUUCGCAGACGGCUGAUGACGAGCCAACGACGAUCGAUGUCGAGAUCAAGGGCCUCAAGCCCGGCCCCCACGGCUUCCACGUCCACGAGUUCGGCGACAACACCAACGGCUGCGUGAGCGCGGGCGGCCACUUCAACCCCUUCGGCAAGAAGCACGGCGGACCCGACGAUGAGGAGCGUCAUGUUGGCGACCUCGGCAACGUCGUGGCCGACGAGACGGGCGUGGCCCGCACCACCAUCAAGGACAGGCUCGUCACCCUCGGCGGCCCCCACUCCAUCAUCGGCAGGACCAUGGUCGUUCACGCCGAUGAGGAUGACUUUGGCAAGGGUGGCUUCGAGGAUUCGCUGACGACUGGCCACGCUGGUGCUCGGCUGGCGUGCGGCGUCAUCGGCCUCUCCAAGUAA